GGUAAUCAGAAAUGAAAGAAUGCAGUCUGCACCAAAAUCCAAUUCUUACAAUUAAAUAUUGAAGUUACUAAAUGAAACAUGGGGGAACCCGCAUAUCUUGACAUCUCCGCUCGCAAAUGGAAGCAGCUCAACUCUCUCAUUCCGGCGCAAUGGCGGUUGGAUGAUAAAUACAUUCCACGAGGAAUGAGGCUAUCGCCCAUUGAGUCAGUGCACAAACUUGAUGGUUUUGGAGAUGACAUGGGCAGUCUAGUGGAUAUUCCAAGGAAAUGCGGUAUUUUGAAUUCCAGGGAAAUUGCAAUCACUGAGAAUUGGGAUGUCCAAGGAUUAUUAUAUGAGAUUGCAGAGAAAAGACUUACCUCAGAGGAGGUUGCGUUGGCAUUUUGCAAGAGAGCAGCUGUUGCACAGCAACUUACGCGAUGCUUGACCGAGCCUCUUUUUACAGAGGCUUUAGAACAGGCUCGACGAUUAGACCACCAUCUCAAACGUACAGGCAAAUUGUUCGGCCCGCUCCAUGGCCUUCCUGUUACUGUCAAAGACACAUUCGAUGUUAAAGGGGUGGACUCAACAGUCGGAAUUACUGCCCUUGCUUUCAAACCUGCAAUUCAAGAUGCUGCGCUGGUUGAGCUUCUUCGCUCGCUAGGUGCUAUCAUUAUCGCAAAGACAAAUGUACCCCAGACAAUGUCUUUCCUAGAUAGUGUAAACAACAUAUUUGGCCGAACGCUGAAUCCACUGAAUCGAUCGCUUACGGCCGGUGGAAGUUCGGGCGGAGAAGGAGUGGCAGUAGCAAUGCGCGCAUCGAUGGUAGGAUUUGGGACUGACAUUGGUGGCAGCAUUCGCAUUCCAGCGAUGUGCAACGGCAUAUACGGUUUCAAACCAAGUGUUGGUAGAAUCCCUUACGGGGGAACAACAAGUGGUCAGCCCAAUGGUAAGCUUCGCGUUGCCUUGAAACCAGUUGCGGGGCCCAUUGCGCGAUCUAUCGAAGAUAUCGAUGCCAUCAUGAAGGAACUUGUCCCUAGGUCGGAGCUUUUUGGGCACGAUUGCAUUCCCGGACUCUGGCCAUCGCUUACUCCACUGAAGAAAAAACUUAGGAUUGGAUUAUUGCUCAAUGACGGGCUAGUUAAUCCGGUCCCUCCGAUCACUAAUAUACUAAAGGAGGUUUCCAAUAUUAUUGCGCGCAGCCAAGUCGCGGAUAUCGAGGUUGUCGACAUAUCUGCUCCUGCAGUCAUGAAGAAGUGCAUGUUUACCGGAGGAAGACUCAUGGACGUCGACGGCUCCGGGCCCCUGUUAGAUCUACUUGACCAAACCGGCGAGCCUUUAAUGCCUUACCUACGUGGGCGCACGAAACGGCGUCCUCCGAUGUCUAUUGAGAAACUUUAUGCGCUAUGUGCCGAACGCGAUCAGAUUGAAGUCGAUAUGCGACAGCAAAUGUGGUCCUGGCCGCCAUCUACAGCUACAACAUCCAAGGUCUUCGCGCAAACAUUAGAUGCUGUCAUAUGCCCGGUAGCUGCGCAUCCAGUCCCAAAGCACGACUCAUACGGCAGCCUAUCGUAUACCACCACCUUUGUCCUACUUGACUAUCCGACCGGCACUAUACCGGUCCGUAACAUGACUGAGACAGAUUUGAACCUUGAAUUUAAUGCCGGAGACAAACCACUAUCUAAAUUUGAUGAAGGAAAUAGACAAUUCUGGAAGGAAGACCGGAAGAUAUACCUAGGAUCCCCUCUGAGCGUGCAAGUUGUCACCCCAAGACUUCACGAUCAUGAAUUAUGUCAAGUAAUGUCUGUUAUUGAUUCCACUCUCAAAAGACAUUAUCAAAGCAACACCAAAGCUAUGCUCUAAGAUUGGCUUAUCAACAAGAAAGCGUUAAAAUAGCACUAAUAAUAUAUUGUGAUUAUUGUUAUCUCC